UGCACUGACCCCGGCAUGGCGGUGAUGGGGGUGCAGGUGGUGGUGAGCCUGCUGGCAGCCAGCGUCAUGCAGAAGAUGGCCCCGCACUGCUCCUUCGCUCGCUGGUUGCUCUGCAACGGCAGCCUGCACCGCUACAAGCACCCCUCGGACGAGGAGCUCUGCGCCCUGGCAGGCAAGCAGCGCCCCAAGGCCAAGCGGGACAGGAGGAUGAACGGCGUGACGGAUGACAAGCCUCUCUCCGUGCCCCGGGACAUCGACCUCCGCCUGGACCCCAGCCCCAUCACCGCCGUGGAUGCUCUCGAGGGCUACUACUGCCUGGCGGACCCCCAGAAAGAGACCAACAUUGGGGUGCUCUGGUGCCUGCUGACGGUCGUCUUCUCCCUCAAGGUCUUCUUCAUGGUGAUGCGCCAUUACUUCUGCUCGGAGGAGGGGGGCGAGCGCUCCGUCUGCCUCACCUUCGCCUUCUUCUUCCUCCUCCUCGCCAUGGUGGCCCUGGUCAUCCGUGAGGACUACCUGGAGUUCGGCCUCGAGCCCGGGCUGGCCGGUGUCAGCGGCAACCUGGAGAGCAUCCUGAAGCAGCGGGGCUGGGAGUGGACGCUGCCCCUCGCCAAGCUGGCCUUCAAGCUGGGGCUGGUGGCCCUGUGCUCCCUCCUGGGCGCCUGCCUGACCUUCCCGGGGCUGCGCCUGGCCCAGACGCACCUCGACGCUCUCCGGAUGGCGGCUGACAAGCCCCUGACCCAGGUCCUGCUCCACGUGAGUUUCCUGGCGCCUGUCCUCGUGGUGGUGAUGUGGAUCAAGCCCAUCUCGCGGGAUUUCCUGCUCCGCGCGCCCAUGGGCAAGCAGACAGUGCAGAUCAUGUCGGACUCUGCCUACAACACCGCGCGCCUCUGGACCAUCGUCGGCCUCUGCCUGUUGCGCCUGGCCGUCACCCGCCAUCACCUCCAGGCGUACCUGGGCCUGGCCGAGCGCUGGGUGGAGCAGAUGAGGAAGGAAGCCGGGCGCAUCGCUGUCCUGGAGAUCCAGCGCAAGAUCACGAGGAUUUACUGCUACGUCUCUGUGGUCAGCCUGCAGUACCUGGGACCCGUCAUCCUCACCCUCCACUGCACGCUGCUCCUCAAGACGCUGGGGCACCACUCGUGGGGGCUGUACCCGGAGCCCCCUCCCCUCCCUCCGGCAGCGACCACAGCACCGCUGCGUCCCGGCGGUGAGGAUGGGGAAGACGUGCGUGCCGCGGUGGAACAGAUCACCGGCGUCUUGGGCGGCAUCUUCACCCCCCUCUUCUUCCGUGGACUCUUCGCCUUCCUCACUUGGUGGGUGGCCGCCUGCCAGGUCGUCACCAGCCUCUUCGGCCUCUACUUCCACCAGUACCUGGCAGCCUCCUGACUGGGGGGAGCUGGGACCUGCCUCGGGGCGCAGUGGGUGCCCGGCUGCUGGUCCCCUUGCUCCUGCCUCGCCGGGUUUCCCCCUUUGCCUGUGGCACACGUGGACACACACGUGGGGACUUUUCUGCCACCCGCUCUCAUCGUGACGGCUUUUAUGCAUCUGGGCUGGCGUGGGCAUCGCCUGCUCCCGCCGCCGAUCACCACCGUGCCUGCUCUCGCCCCGCCGCCGCUCCGGGCUGCGUCCCUCCAGCCCCUCGUCCCCUUCCCGGCCCUGCACGGUGAUGGAGGAGCUGGAGCCCCGCAGACGGGU